AUGAGACACAGGAGGAGCGAUGCUAUUGCAGCAGAUAAAGAUGUAUUUGAGAAUUGCGAAGGCGAGGGGAAAAGAUUCCCACCAAACUCUAAUAAGUUGUUAUACUCAUCGGCGACAACGAAAGUUUUUGUGCUUUGCUUGGCUAUUCGAAUGGCAAACUCUUUGUUGGUGCAGACAUAUUUCAACCCAGAUGAACAUUGGCAAUCACUAGAAGUUGCACAUCGGAUUGCAUUUGGAUAUGGACAUUUGACAUGGGAGUGGAAAAAGGGGAUCCGUAGCUAUCUGCAUCCGAUGCUGUUUGCUCUUCUUUAUAGAGUUCUUGCCCUACUUCAUCUUGAUACCCCAUGGUUCAUGACAAAGGCUCCACGACUGCUGCAGUCCAUAAUUUCUGCAUUUGGUGAUCUUUACUUGUACAAGCUCUCUGAAGUCUUGCUUGGUCAGCACGUUGCGCAGUGGGCAGUAUCCUUUCCUGUUAUAUUCCUUAUGGCUUUCGUUGAUAGGGAUAUGCGUCCUCGUCUCUUUGCACAGUUGACAAACUGGUUCAUGUUUUUCUGUAUCACGCGUACUUUGUCAAAUAGUCUGGAAACUGUUCUUACUGUUGUGGCCCUAUAUUACUGGCCCUGUAUGAGAGUGUCUUCCAGCAAAGUUCCCUCGGGUUCAAGAAAGUUGGGUUUGACUUUAGCGGCAUUAGCAUGCGCCAUUCGGCCUACUAGUGCAAUUACCUGGGUGUAUGUUGGCCUUCUAGAGCUCUUUCUGGCACAUGAUAAACUGAAGUUCAUUUUUCUUGAGGUGGCUCCUAUUGGGGUAUUGGUGCUUGGGCUCACAUUUCUGCUGGAUCGUUUGAUGUAUGGGUCGUGGGUCUUUGUGCCUCUUAAUUUCCUCAAGUUCAAUUUUCUUUCUUCUGGUGGAGAUUAUUAUGGAACUCACAAGUGGCACUGGUACUUAUCCCAGGGGUUUACUGUCAUGGUUUUCACUUUUCUACCAUUUUCCAUAGCCGGCAUUAUCCUGUCUAAGCAUUGGAAGCUUUCAGGGCUUAUUGCCUGGGUUUUAGGGCUUUAUAGUGUACUAGGUCACAAAGAGUUCAGGUUUGUCUUGCCUGUACUUCCAAUAGCAUUGAUGUUCUCUGGAUAUUCUUUAGCCACAAUAAGUUGGGGUGUUUCGUCAUCUGGCAGAAAGAAAGGGUCUCCAAGUCUUCGUACCAAAUGCUGCUCAAAAAUGCAACUGACCAUUUUUUUCCUUCUUGUUACCAAUCUUCCUAUGGCUUUUUAUAUGAGUAUAGUUCAUCAGAGAGGAGCUGAGGAGGUCAUGAAGUAUCUCUCCAAAGAGGCUUUUGAAGGAAAAGUGAAAAGCAUCCUUUUUCUGACACCCUGCCAUGCUACGCCUUACUACUCAACCCUGCAUCGUGACCUUUCUAUGCGUUUCUUGGACUGUACACCAAGUGAAGAGAAAGGAAUUCCAGAUGAGUCGGAUCUGUUCAUGAUGGACCCAGUUGGUUUUGCAUCGGAACUUUCAAAAAAUUGGUCUCUACCUAGCCACAUUGUAUUAUUUGAUUCACAGGAAAAAAUACUAAUGGACUUUCUAGCCUCGCAUUCUUUCCUAGAGAUACGAAGGUUCUUUCAUGCUCACUUCAAGGUGGACCGGGAUCUUCAAGCAUCAGUCGUUGUCUACACUUUCAGAGGCCAGUAA